CGGGCGAUAUGAAUGAUGCUGGGAUUUGAUGGAGUGACGCAACGGGCCCGGCGCCUCUGCCCCGAGUGGAACAACACUUGCUAUAAAAGACGCGCCACCCCGGACACCGACGCAUUCCAUCAUCGCGGCAUCAUGCUUCCCAAGAUAUUAGUCGUGUUGCUAUACAUGACAGUGGCUAUCACCGCUGAGCCUCCAGUGUCAGGGUACUUGCCAGCGGGUCGAGGUGGAUCUCGAGGCGGUUAUGGCGGAUCUUCCGGCGGCUACGGGCAGAGGUUUGGCGGUAGUUCCGCCUACGGCGGCGGAGGAGGAGGCGGACAGUACGGAGGCGGAAAAAGCUUCAGCUCUAGCAGCUCCGGCUACGGAUCCCCUGGCCGAGUAGGCGGAGGUUACGGUGGCGCCUCCGGUGGAAACAGGGGCUACGGAGGUGGUGCUUCUGGUGCUUACGCAGGGAGACGUCCAGGGUUCGGCGGUAGUUCCGGUGGCUACGCACAAAGCGGAGGCUACGGGCAAAGUGGCCAAGGCGCUUACGCACAAGGUGGCCAAGGGGGAUACGGGGGUGCUUCGCAAGGAAGUUACGGCCAAGGAGGCCAGGGUGGGUACAGUCAAGGAUCUCAGGGUGGGUACGGCCAGGGUGGCCAAGGAGGACAAGGAGGCUACGGCCAAGGUGGACAGGGAGGCUACGGUGGACAAGGUGGCGGCUAUGGAAAUAACGGCGAAGACCCAUAUGGGGAGCCAGCCAACUACGAGUUCUCAUACGAGGUCAACGCUCCGGAAUCAGGUGCCAUGUUCGGUCACAGUGAAAGGCGACAAGGUGACGAAGCAACCGGAUCCUAUCACGUCCUCCUCCCCGACGGAAGAACGCAGAUCGUAGAAUACGAGGCCGACAGCGAGGGGUACAAACCAAGAGUUACCUACCGGGAACCAGAAGGAGGCUUCGCCAACGGCGGCAGAGGUGGUAACGGAGGUUACGGAGGCGGCAACGGAGCUUACGGAGGCGGCGGCGGUGGAGGUGGCGGUUACGGAGGCGGCGGUGGAGGUAACGGAGGUUACGGAGGCGGCGGCGGUGGUAACGGAGGCUACGGAGGCGGCGGCGGUGGUAACGGAGGUUACGGAGGCGGCGGCGGCGGAGGUGGUUACGGAGGUGGUAACGGAGGGUCCGGAGGAUAUGGAGGCGGUAGUGGAGGUGCCGGAGGCUAUGGAGGCGGAAGUGGAGGUAAUGGAGGCUCCGGUGCUUAUGGCGGAAGAGGGGGUUCGUAUUAGGUUGCUCAAUUUGAUAGAAGGACCACUAUGCUGGGUAAAAAUGUGAACACUACAAAACCCAUUACCUCGUUCAGAUCUCACAUAGAACACAUUGAAAUUGAUGACAGAAAUGAAAGAGACACAACAUUAACGCAUUGAGCAUGAUAAAUGAAGUAACGUUAGGGUGAGAUUUCAGCUAAUACAAUUUGAAUGUAGAAGAUCAUAGUACUGAGUAGAUUUAUGUUGACCGCGUCAAGCAAAA